AUGACAUCAAGCGAAACUCAAUCUCCACGUGUUGACCCUGUUCAAGCUAGGAACUGGCGGCAUGACAUACAAAAGAUACUUCUCUCCAAAAACCCCGUCAAGCCCGAGGACGUCCCUCGCGCAGCUCAGCUUCUUACCGAGAUGGAGAAUUGCGACGGCAUGAAAGUGGAAUAUUUGGAGAUGUCAAAGCUUCCGAAGGUGUUCCGCUAUAUUUUGAUGUUGCCUCCCCAGAGUAUUCCUCGCGAGAGUGAGUUCAAAAUUCUCGAACGCAUUCAAAACCUCCAUUCGUGCUAUCAAAUUUUAUUGCGCGGUCACACACAAUGUGAAGAAUUCGAUAAACAAAUGUCCAACUUAGCCGAGAUGACGAUGAACAUAGGGAUGCAUGAUUAA